AUGCAGGGUCUCUGGUCUCGCGCGGCUCAGUCGUCGUCCACCUGCCGCUGCGUCUCUUGUCUGAGGACCGUCGCCAAUGGAGUCGCUUCACGAACUACGACGGCUGCGGCCCGUCGGCGCCUUCGCAUUGGAAAUGCGGUGACAGCAUUGUACUCCAGCAUCUUCGCUGGCGCCGCUUUGGCAGACGCAAAGGCCAAGGAUAAACGACGGCUCGAGUGGGAACAGAAGAUUGCGGCUGUCAAAGAGGAGGUAAACCAGUUGGUGGACGAAGAAAAUCGACUUCUGGAGGCUCUUGCUUCACGAAAAUCCCGGAAACCUGCUUAUCGACCAUUGCAGAUACGACAUUUAAGCACCACCGCACGACGUCUAGAGGCUUCCCAAGCCGAGAGAUAUGGAGCACAAGGGUCUGAUCCCUUGGUUGCUGCUGGAUACCACGAUCAGGUCUUAGAAGAUCCCAAUUCUUCAAGCUCCGACUUAGAAGAAGGAGAUCCAUUGUUCGACUAUGCCGAAAACACCCAUGAAGGCGCCUCGGAACCUGACCAUGGUUUUUCAUGGGCGACAGGGGAUAUCCUUCGAAUCAAAGCUAUACAGAAACUGGCACUAAAGCAGCUCGCUAUCCGAUUCCUGCUCCGUCCAGUCAUUGCUCAUAAUUAUACUGGGUUACCGAUGGAUUACGCGGCAGACUUCUCGCUGCCUAAAUUCAGUGCGUCAGAGCUCCUCAGCGAACUCAACUCUAUCCGCCGGAGACUCCGUGCUCUGAAGUAUUCAGAGAAGGAGCCUUAUGAUGAUUUGGCCCAAGAUAUUCACAUCCGACAAUAUCAUGAACUGCGGGCUCAGCGUGACAGACUUGAUGCUGAGCUCCAAAAUGAUAUCAACCUAUAUCUCAACAAGGAAAUGUCCCUCCCUGAGCUCCUGUUGAGAAUAUCGAACAACCUUAUUUCUAGCGAGGAUCCAGAUCGCCCAAGAGCGUUCCAAUUAAUGAUCAUGGCAUUCACUAAAACUCGUCAGAACGACCUAGUUGACUUGGUACUGCGAGCUGUAUUACCAAACCUAUUCGAGUUAACCACGCCCUUGAUCAUUUCCACAUUGACCUAUUUCCGCAAGUCGAAGAAUCUCAAAGAUUUUGACCAAUUCCUCCAAAUGCUUCGAGGAGAAGGUGCAUACCCGGUCAACUUGCGGUCGAUGACGUUAUAUGAGAAAAAAGUCGUCAACGGCGUGGAGAUCACCGUCCCUCCGCAAGCCAGCUGCAACCCUGUGAUUUAUGGCACCUUGAUUGCUGCUGCUCUGCGCUUUGACCAGGCCGAUAGAGCUGAGGCCUGGCUUCAAGUCUGGCGGUCGACUGGAUUCCUGGAUAAUUUUAGCACCCUCUGUGCCUUUUUGAGGUUCUACACCGUCCGAAAAGACUGGGAAAGUGGACUUCAUACUCUGUUGAGGGCCCUAGCUUUCAUGACGUCGUCCACGUCCCAUCCGGAAAAGCGAAUUGAACGGCUUAUUGUGCAUAUGGUGCAUUUCUGCGAUUCAUGCGGCAAAGAGGACGUCGCAGCUGCAUUGAUUGACGCCGCUGUCCGCAGUGGAUUUGACUGGAAGGCUGCUUUCAAACAAACAGAUAUUUCGUCGGAGUUUGAUCCAGCCUUUCAGCGGUGGCAGAAAGCUGCAGAAGCGGCGAAUUUCGCCAGCAAUAACAAGGCCAUUUCGGAAAAAUGCCAUGAAUUCACUGCUCUGGUUACACAAAAAAUCACGGAGCUGACCGCUGUUGCGGGUGACAAGCAGCUACGUCAGGGUUUUGUAAAGAGUUAUUCGAGAAAUGUGCUUUCCACAAUGCUCAUUGAUAAUCAAGGAAAGACGGAGAGUGGGCGUCACUCCACCGACAUACAACCUCCCUCAGGUGGUAUACAGUCGCCAGAUAAGGUUGACUCAAGAUCUUCCCGAAGUGAAGAGUUGCAAGCUCUGCAGGAGGAGAUGGCCCGAUUGAGGAGAGUAGUUGACCAGAUUUCUGCUUCGAACAAGUCAGAAGAGGGCAGGAAGGACUCUGGAUCAGAAGCGCACAUGCAAACUGUUUCUCAACAAGAGUCAUUAGGUGGGCCAGGAGCUCCUGGAAUCAAGACUGGUUAUCCAAUGCGGGGGACGACAAAAGACGCCGCGUCGAAGCCUCGCACGCCAGAAGUAUCCGUGAACAGCGCAAGAGCCCGAUUUUUGGCUGCAUAUCGCCGGCGUCGCAGCAGCAAGGGUCUGCGAGCCGAGUCCCAAAAGAAGAUGGAUAAUCAAUCUGCUGAGUUCAUCCCUCCUAGUCAGAAGGCCGGCAACGCAACGGAACCCGUCUCGUGA